AUGGCAACCACCACCCCGGGCUUCCUCAGGCUACCACUCGAAAUCCGCCAGCAGAUAUACCACUAUCUUCUCGCGCAAAGUUUCCAGAGUAGAACGAUCAAUAUAAGCGUCCGACAGCGACACACUGGCUAUAGACUGCAAGGUCUCGAAAGCAUUCAAGGCCUUGUAUUCGUCAGCCGCAUCUUCCACGACGAGCUUCUCAACUACUGCUUCAGCCGUUUCAACUUCUUCCUCCACAACGGCUCAGAUUCCAUACGCUGGGUGGCUCGAGAAUUCUAUCGCCAAAUCGGAGUGGAGAACAGGAAGCUGGUCAAAUACAUCACUAUUCCUAGCUUCAGUAUCGAUCGCGUAAUGAUGGAUCCAGACAAUAUGAUUGAGCUCUUCGCCGUUCACAAAGCUUUCAUCCUGGAGCUUCUGGAUGAGAUGCAGCGUGUUUUUGCCCUUCUGGCACGCUUCCCAGCAUUGGAAGAACUCGAUCUGGGUAUUGACAGUCUGGAGGCAGUUUCUACCGGCAAGGGUGACUAUCGGUAUCUGGUGGACGACGAUAGGUCAUGA